AUGGUGAACAAGAUACCCCUGCCGAAGUUUGAUCUAAACUCACGGAUGCCGGUUCUGAUGCGUCGUUUAGAGACUGCUAAAAUGCGGAUUGCAGCCGGUGAACCCCCGACCGACGACGCAGAGGAGGAAUUUCGACGACUGCAACGAAGAUACAGAGUAGAACAGGAAAUCUUGGCGAAUGUGAAAAAGCAUAGGCUGAAGAGGGACCUAGAGGAGAGCGUCAACAGCGACGGAGUUUGGACUGCCGCUGAGGUGCGACCCAACGCAUACCUGGCAGACGGCCUGCAGAUCACG